GGGAAGACAUAGAUGUUGCACAACUAUGAAGGUGUCUGUGCAACCAAGCUCUAGCCAGGGUGGAACCAGAGAAUGCUGUACGAGGCCCCGUCUGGACCGCAGCGCGGCGGUUCGAGACAUGCGCACAUCCGAGCCAAGCCACGGUGGAGAAUAAAUGCGUGCAGUGUGGACGACACGCAUCUCACUCGUCUGACUCUUGACGUGAAGACGCUGCUACCAAGUGAAUUACCGGGAGUACAGGAUGCCGCUGACAGAUGGAGAUGUCCUCAAGCAGAGUCACGCAAUGUGAGUGGCAGCUGUGAUGCGUGCUCCUGCAGGUGAAGCACAUGGUUGCCUUCAUUGAGCAGGAGGCCACGGAGAAGGUGGAAGAGAUCGACUCCAAGGCAGAGGAAGAGUUCAACCUGGAGAAAGGCCGCCUCAUGCAAAGCCACCGCAGCAAGAUAAUGGAGCACUACGACAAGAAGGAUAAGCAACUGGAGAUGCAGAAGAAAAUACAAAUUUCAAACCUAAUGAACCAAUCACGGCUGAAGGUUUUGGAGACGAGGAAUGAUCUGCUAAAGGAAUUACUGAAUGAGGCCAGGGGAAGGCUCGUGCAGCUGACCCGCAACGCGACGGUAUACAGGACAAUCAUGGACGGCCUAGUAUUGCAGGGGUUGCUGCAGCUGCUGGAGCCCGUGGUGAUCGUGCGCUGCCGACAGAGUGACCUCGCCCUGGUCAAGAGUUCCGUGACCAAGAACAUUCCCACGUACCGCGCGGCUACCAAGAAGGAGAUCUGCAUCACAGUGGACGAACAGCUCUUCCUGCCUCUUGACAUAUGUGGAGGUGUGGAGCUGUACAAUGCCAACGCGAAGAUCAAGGUGUCCAACACCCUGGACAGCCGGCUGGAGUUCAUGUCCCACCAGAUGAUGCCUGAAAUACGCGUGUAUUUGUAUGGUAAAAACUCCAACCGAAAGUUCAACGAUUGAAGCACUGGGAAAACCUCCACAAGCAGCUCAUCUGCACUCAUUUUGCCCCCACCUUCUGGUCAAGGUCAUGACCAAUAUAAUCAAAUGGUUAGUUGAAUACGUAAAUAUAUUAAGAAUACGUUUACAUUUCCCGAGUGAUGGUGUGAAAUAAAGAGGUGUAUGUACAUUUAACUUUUCGCAUAGUACAUAACCAAACCGUGCUAAUCGGAAGUGAGAGGUGUUGUUGAAACAGCCAGACGCUCACCUGGGACUGCACUUCUGUAUCCUUGGCAGGCUCGCAUAGCCUGCACACACAAACAUUCCCUCAAACCAACCUACAGCCGAGCCCCUGUGCAUGCAGUCCACUCGUACACUGCUCAAGAUCCUCGACAAUUUUCAAAGCAUGGACCUGGACACAUGUUCUCAGUAAAUUAUGUCAAACGAUAACACAUCUAAAAGCACAUUGAAUACACUUGAGUGCAUAAUUACAACAAAAAACACCAUGUACUCAUGUAAGCGUGUAGAGCAGUGGUGCAGUGGUUUGUGCACUACACUACGAACGCAGGGACCUGAGUUCUAUUCCUGACCAUUGUUAAAUUCAGGCUUGUGUUCCACCACUGCCGUUAAGUUUUGUGUUAGUUCGGGCAGCUCGCGUUCAGACACCACCCCAAGAUGUGCUGGUGGCAAUGCCACACGCCUGUAAUCCAGCACUGUGGAGGCGAGGGUUAGCCUCCUAACACGAAUGUUGCUAAAUGGGUCAGUUCUGGCAAUCUGCCAGGCAUGGCUGAGGGGGGAAUCACGUAGCCUAGACACUGUCCCAUCGUCGUCACAACGCGCUCGUUCCGAUAACUACCAGCAGUGAAAGAUCGCAUACCCAAAGUAUGUUUAAUGGGUUAUAUACAUAAUACAAGAA